GGAGUUGUCUCAGCUUUUUUCGGACUGCUGUCGACGGCAACACACUCGUCUGCUUGGUUCCUGGCGUCGAAGGCAGCUUCCUUUCGCUUCUCCUGACAACCUUUCACAUCUGAGGUUCUGGCCGCCUCCCUUGCUUGCUUGUGAGCGUCCGUCCGCGGAGAUGAACCCGCUUCACCGGUUCCUCUCGCGGGCCUCGAUGCAGGUCCUCGAGCACCACAUCAAGGAGUGGCUUGUGGUAUGUUAAGCAGACGACUCGGAGGGGGUGUCUACCUGCCUGCCUGUCUUCUCUUCCCGUGUCGAUGAGAGAGAUGAGCAGACGUGUGUUGUGCUGUCUGUGUGAUUUGGUUGGUGGUCAGAACAACCCGGCGUUUCAGCGGUUUGCCGUGACGACGUCAAGGCAAGCCGAUGAGAUGAUCAGGAAAGCGGCAGAGAUGUCGGCGCAGCAGAUGAAGGUACGCCGCUCAAGCAAGCACACACGCGCCCCCUCACACACACACACAAAUCAGUCCUCCGUGUCGGUCUGUCUGUCUGUGUUGUGUUUGUACGUCCGUGUGGUGUGUGUCAGAACAACCCUCACUGGCAGAACAUGCAUCACAACCAGAACAUGUCCCCCUUUUCCCGCCCGUCGUUCGCCCCGCCCUCCAUGAACCCCAACCAGAAUAAUGUCAUGUCGAUGAUCUCACAGCUCUUCAACACACAGCAACCAAGGCGGUAGACGGACAGACCAAUCCCACCGCUGCGAUGGAGUGUUUUGGCUGACGACCGUUGGUUGGGCUGAGUGAGUGAGUGAGUGAGUGGGCGGUUUGUACAGAGCCGUGUUGUGUGUAUCUCUCUGUGUGUAAGCAUGUGCACGUGAGCGAGAGAGAGAGAGAGAGAGAAUCACAGCUGUGACGUGUUGUACCAUGCCAUGAUGGCCAUUGUGUGCUGGGCGGGCCGGCGGGGUGGGUACGGUGUGGUGUGGUGGUAACGAACCACUCGAAGAGUGACUGACCGACUGGGCAGAGGGGUGGGCGAGUGAGCGACGCCCUUCCGCCACUCGCUCGCUGCUGCGAGUCGCAGCCGCCGUCCGUUUUGUUCCUGCAUGCUGCGAUGGACCGUCUUGUGCACAGGCAGACACAGCACCCCGUCUGUGUGCCCGUCUGUGUGCCUGUCUGUCUGUCUGUCUGUCUGUUUGUCGAGAGAAGCCGGAGCGCAGUGUUCUGACUGGCUGGUUGGUUGGUGGUGCAUUUGACGCAUGGCAGAGAAAGAACCCAGACUGACUGAUUCGCGCCGCUGUGUUCCUCAAGUUGUUUGACGC